CCGGGGGCAUAGCAUAGUGCCAGCAAGGGGGAAAGGAAGCAUCUCUCUCCCACCCACCACCUCCGCCACUGUCUCCUCAUCAAGCCUAGUCAAGCCUAGCCAAGCCAAGCCAACUUAAAACAGCCUCCUCGCAAGAAGAAAGCAAACAAGAUGGCCUGCACCUGCUCCAACACCCAAGACUGCACCACCUGCAACCAGGGCAAGUGCACGUGCGACGUGUGCAGCUGCACCAAUUGCCCCCGCAAGGCCCACGCUGCGUCGUGCAAGUGCCAGGGCGCAGGCGAGGGAUGCGCGUGCGAGGGCAAGGCAUGCCAGUGCUGAGCUUCCUGCUCCAGGCCUGCAUCGAAGAGGCUUCUCUCUCACCAAGGCGCCCUCCAUCAAGACAAACCCCCUUUCAAACCCCACUUGUUCUUGAAGCUUCCUGUCAAUAAAGCGCUUUCUCGUGACGGUACUCGAGGCCUCCCCUUUUUUUUUCAAGACACCCACCCACCCAUGUCUAUUUCUAAAUGAAUUGAGACUUGCUUCGAUGGGA